UGUUAGGGAUCUUAAUUACCGAACAGAAGGUAAGGCGGUGAGUAGUGUGUUCAAAGCCAUCCUGAUGAUUCGAGCAGUUGACAUGGCCGUAGGUGCUACUAGCAGUAACGGUGUCCUAUUUGUUCACCAGAGCGAUCUUGAUGCUUUUUGAAUAAUCCUUUUUUUCAAUUCUACCUGAUAAACAUUGGCCGGAGCAGAUAACCUGCAAUCAAGAUUCUAUGUACCUGUUAAUAAUUUAUGACAUUUGCAAUUAAAAUCUGUUCAAAACAGCCUUCAUCAAAGCAGCGACAAUGAGUUGGCAAUGGAGAAAACUAUUUGACACUGUGCACGCGAAUAAUGUCGAAUUACUCGAUGCGAUGCUCAACGCUGACGGUUGGCCGAUGGACACAUCGUGCACCGACUUCGAGCUACUGAUUUUGGCGACGAAACUCGGACGUAAAAAAAUCGUGCACUAUCUCCUUGACAAAAAUUGCCGCGUGUAUUUCGGUUCUGGACACAACACGCCAUUGCACUAUGCAGUUCGCCACCGCAAUUGGAAUGAUGUGAUCGAACGUUUGCUGGCGAAAGGUCUUCGCAUGAGCGAUACCAACCGCUCUGGUAAGACUGCUCUUCACGUGGCUUUCAAACUUAAUGUCGGGGGCGAGCAAAUCGAUUAUCUGAUGCAGCAUUACCUAAACAACACCGAGAACAAUAUCGUCAGUAAUGAUGGGCUUAGCACUUUGCAUAUUGCUUGCUCGAGACCCAAUGCGCAGAUAGUCGAGAGAUUGAUCCUAUCUGAUUAUAGACUUAUCGAUCAGGCUGUUGACGUAACUAUGCGCACACCUUUGCACUAUGCUGUCGGCGCAAGAAGACACCAGGUAGUCAGCAUUCUUCUCUAUUAUGGAGCUAACAUCUGCAAACAAGACUCGGAAGGAUCAACCCCAUUACAUUGGGCUUUGUGGGUACGCGAUGUAGAGAUGAUUAAUUUGGUUUUGUCCUAUGAUACGCGCCAAGAGAAUAUCACCAACAAAUUUGGCCUGUCUCAUUUCAUGGUUUCGUGUGCCGGCAGCGACUUAAAAGUGGUCAAGGAGUACAUACAGCAAAUAUGGAUACGAAAAGUAAUUACAAUAGAGGAGGUAAUGAAGUCGCAGAUAAGUAUACUCGGCAGUUACUCGGGAUACACUCCUCUACAUUUUGCCGUUGAAUUUGGGUCGAACAUUGCGAUCGUUAGACUGUUGCUACAGCAUGGGGCAGAUUGUUGUAGGAAUACUUGCUAUCGAAUCAGCCCGCAUUACCUUGCUGCUUUGAAAGGCCACAAAGCGAUUUACGAGCUGUUGAUGCUGUAUUGCUGUAACAUAAGAAAUUGAAAAAAUUUUUUUGGGUGCUUUUUCACCUCGGCAUAAACAUUUUUUAUAAAAUAUACUCUAUUUGUUUUCGGCGUCGUAAGCAUACGCACGCUUCGAGGCAUAUGAUUCAGUAGAAAAUACUGAUGUUUCGGAAGGAUUUUAUGUUUUAGCUUUUCGACGGUAAAUUAUAUGUACCCAUUUAUAAAGCUAUUUCUGGUUUUUGUUACGUCUCUAUACACGUAGUUAUUGCCAAACUAAAUUUAUAACAGACAGUACGUAUUAUUUCAUAGAUAUAUUCGUAUACUUUUUCUAUUUUUUUACGAUGUGUGACAGAUUAUAAAUUUUUAUACAUUGGAUAAAAUUUUUUUUUUCAACUUGAAUUUGCAUUGAAUUUAUUCAACA